CAAAACAGGAUGAAGGAUUGGGCAGCUCCGAUCAUAGCAACAGCGCUAUUUGGAUUUCUAUGUCCAGGACUUAUAUUUCAAAUGCCAGGAAAACAUAGGCCUGUCGAUUUCAUGAAUAUGAAGACCAGUAUCGUUUCUAUGUUGCUUCACACUCUCUUCUUUGGUUUGUUUCUUAUGCUUUUCCUUGUCAUUCUCAAUAUACAUCUCUAUGCUUAAUUCAUCUACUUUU